AACCUUAUCCAUGAAAUUCAUUUGAAAAUUGAAGGCACCACACAUAUCAACUGUCCUCUUCCAUUUUCCUCUGCAAAAAAGCGCUGCAAUGGCAACAAUCCAUUCCUUCACUGUUGCUCCCCCUUCUUUCUCACUCUCUAAACCCAGAAAGAUACUUCACCGGCGCGACCUAAACUUCCGGUUGCCUCGCUCCUCCACUCACCGGCGAUUAACCGUAGCCGAAGCUUACAAAGUUGUGGUUGAAUACGAGGGUAAGAAAACAGAGCUUGAGGUUGAAGAAGACGAAACGAUUCUGUCAAAAGCAUUAGACAAUGACUUGCCGGUCCCUUACGAUUGUAUGCUUGGGGUCUGUAUGACGUGUCCGGCCCGGCUUUUAAGCGGCAAGGUUGAUCAGAGUGAAGGUAUGCUUAGUGACGACGUCGUAGAGAGAGGGUAUGCUCUUAUGUGUGCUUCUUACCCUCGAUCUGAUUGUCAUAUUCAGAUCAUACCUGAGGAAGAAUUGCUUUCUCUUCAGCUUGCAACUGCUAAUGACUAAUUUUAUUAAUGAUUUCUUACUCUUGUUUUGUUCCUCCUUUCAUGUCCAAAUUAGAGUCUGAGUUUGAUGGUUUUAAGAUUUUAUGAUUGUUCA